CAGUCCGGAUAUUCCGGAAUCCAAACGUACCUCAAGCUCAAGCUUUGCGUGGCUCGCCCGAUACUGCUGCUUCUUGUGGUGAGAAGCAGCAGCUAAAAUGAUCGUAGGAAGUGUUUUUAUGUGACUGUUACUAUUCUAACUAUAAAAAUGCGGGGAGUUAGUGCAAUUGGAGGGGCAAUAAAGUCCUUACGAUCUGGAGACAUUGGGGCUCGUUGGGAUACAAAGUAUGAAGAGUUUGGUUUACAAAAACAAUCGGACAGUGUGGACAAACCCGCAGACGAUCUAAGUAGCCCUGAAAGUAUACCGGAGCCAGAACGUCCUCCCCUUCGACACAUAGACAAAUAUAUCAGACCAGAAUGUCCAUGUCUCACCAAAAGAGUUACUGUUGCACUUUUAGCUUGUCUUGGAUUUAUGAUAAUGUUUGGAAUGAGGACGAAUAUGGGCUUGGUUAAAGCCGGAGAGAAAAAUAUAACAUCGAAAUGGUCACCUGCAGAAACAUCAGCUUUAGAUUCUUCCAUAUUUUGGGGCUAUUUUAUUACCCAAAUUCCUGGAGGAUUUCUUGCGACAAAAUACCCAGCAAAUAAGCUCUUUGGAAUGGCAAUCGUCAGUUCCUCUAUAAUUCAUUUGUUUCUUCCAGGAGCAAUGUCAUUCAGUACAACUCAUGUUGCGCUAAUGCUUAGAGUUAUGCAGGGACUUGUUGAGGGUGUUACAUAUCCAGCAUGUCAUGGUAUAUGGAGGUAUUGGGCCCCUCCUCUUGAACGAUCUCGUUUAGCAACUUUGGCAUUCUGCGGAACUUACGCUGGCGUAAUGUUUGCGAUGCCUUUAUCUGGUGAAUUAAUUAAAAGAUUAGGAUGGCAAUCUCCAUUUUAUUUCUACGGUUGUUUGGGUAUGAUAUGGUAUUUGAAUUGGCUCUGGCUUGUGUUCGAACGACCAUGCAAACAUCCGACCAUUGAAGCUAGGGAACUACUGUAUAUAGAGAAUUCGUUAGGAAAUGCAGCUGACUCACAUACAAUACCUUCAAUCUACAAUACCCCAUGGAAAGCGUUUUUCACAUCAUUACCGGUUUAUGCCAUUUUCGUUGCCAACUUUUGUAGAUCAUACAAUUUCUACCUUUUGGUUUUGUUUCAACCGAAAUACAUGAAGGAGGUGUUUGACAUGGAUUUGGAAGAGAAUGCAUUUCUUGGAGCUCUUCCCCAUCUUUUGAUGACGAUAAUUGUGCCCACAGGUGGUAUAUUGGCAGAUCAUUUAAGAAAAAAGGAAAUACUCACCACAACGCAAGUGAGAAAGCUUUUCAAUUGUGGAGGCUUUUUCAUGGAAGCGACGUUCUUUCUCGUAGUUGCUUAUGCCAAAACGGCAUCUGCUGCCGUUAUCGCCUUAAGUAUGGGAGUGGCCUUUAGCGGUUUUGCCAUUUCAGGGUUCAACGUCAAUCAUUUAGAUAUCGCUCCCAAGUACGCCAGUAUUCUGAUGGGACUCUCCAACGGGAUAGGAACACUCGCAGGAUCUGUGUGUCCGUACAUUGUUACAACGAUCAAGGAAAAUACCGGUCCAGGAGCGUCUAAACAAUGGAAAAUUGUUUUCAUCGUUGCUGCAAUAGUUCACUACAUCGGGAUAACAUUUUAUGGUUUCUUUGCCUCGGGAGAGCUACAGCCAUGGGCAGAUUUAGAUAAAGAUAAAAAUUGGAAUCCGUAUGAUGCGGCAUUUAAAGGAGAAAUUAAAACAUCGUCCAGUAUGCAAAGUAAUGGACUUCUUCAACGUCAGUUAAGUGGUAAAAACAUUAACUACGGAUCAGUUGAUCCCAUGUCACCCCCUCCUCCACCCUAUAGUCCCCCAAUAGUACAGUCAGGCAAUCCGUUUACCGGUAAUGUACCCAACACUAAUCCUUUCCGGCAAGAAGCUGUUCAACCCGAACCAUCUGACACUUACAUGCACGGUGGUGUUGAUGACAGAACGUAUUAAGCACUGUAAAUUUCAGUAAAUAAUUACUUAUAGCAUUCGGUGAUAAAUACUGUACUUGUUGUCUUUCAUAUACUUACAUUAGUGAAAAUUGAGAUUUUCGCUUAUUAAUUUUACAUAUAUAACGAGUACCCAAUUCUUGAUUAAACAAGACAUCUCAUCAGUAUUGAUUGAACAAAUAAAUAACGUAAUUUUGGGUCAAUUAUUAGUCUCAAAUUGAGGUGUGAAAUAAAUAAACAAUUUAUUGUUUAUGGUUUACCUGAAUUUGAGACUUUGUUAAACAUGUUUAACUUAAUGGUUACAGAUUAUAAAAAGUGACGCAAAGUUGUAAGAGGUAUUAGGUAUAUGAGAGAUCUGCUAGAAACACUUUUAAAACAUCGUGUUUGUCAAAAAAAAAAAUAAUAAAAAGCAAUACUAUCAUUAAAAAAAGUAUGCAUUUCUAAAUACCAACUUGAAUUUGGUAUUUUUUUUUAUUAAUGCAAAGAAGUAAUUGCUACUUCUACUUCAUAUGUUUGCAAAAAUCAUGAAAGUCCACUGCGUAUUAUCUUAAAUUGGAAAAAUGAAAAAUCUAACAGGUUGUCUCAUAGAUAGUCCAUAUUUCAAUGAGUCUUGAAUAUGACAAAACGUUUAUUUCUUACUUAAAUUAAGGUCAACAGACUUUCAAUUUUGAGUAGAAAAAGAACGAAUUUGGAAGAAUUUCCACUCUACCAUUAAAAAAUAUGUACAUACAUAAGUACAUAAGUAUAUUAUAAAUAUAUUUUUAUGUAGAUUAGUUCUGGGUGGCCCGACUUUAGCAAGUGCACUAAAAUUGAUAAGAAAAACGUUUAAUGAACACGUUUUCUGCACAAAAAAAAUGAACAAUAAAAUUUAGCACUGAUAACUUUGAACAAAAUAUUUUUCAACAAUUAUUAUAAUCGUAGUUGUUAAUCUACGUGAAACCGAAUGUGAUGGAGUACAAUAAUUGAAAUGAACCAAUUGGACCUAAUAAAACACCAUUACACUUGCACUUGUUACUAUUCUGUUACUUAUUGAACAGACACUCGUAGUUGUAAACACAACUUUGAUAAAAAAAAACUAAUUCUAGUGAGUGUGCACAUUAAACUAAACAAAAGUCAGCUUUUUCUUGCAAGAGCCAUUCAAAACGCACUCAUUUACGAAAUUGCAAAAUUUUCUUACACCUUCAUAUGUUUUAUAGCGGAUUUGUAUAAACACUAUUACAGUUUAAAAUUAGUAAGGUUUUUGAUAAGAGUAUUAAGGCGUUUUCUUCUAAAAGGAAAUUUAAACAUUAAAUUAUAAUUUUAAACUACCUUCUGCAUUUUUGAGGUUUUUCGUUUUAACAAUUGACUUAAAACAUAACAAAUAAGCUGAUACUAAUCACUAUACCGAAAGCACAAUGCAUAUAAUUUGAUUAUGCUAUCAUUUCAAUUGUAGCAUUUAGAAAACAAAACUCAUAGAAAAGUUGUAGUUUACUGAUGAAGAAAUGUAACUGCAAUUGUUAAAGUUGCACUGAAGAAAUAUUUAUUUAGUUAGAAAAAUGUCAAUUUCAACGUAUUUUUGAAACUUUUGCAGUAAUGUUCAUAUUUAUAUUAUUUAAUAUAAUGAUGACGUAUUAUAACUAUACGAUAGUAACUGUACAUUCUUAUUAAAAGUAUGUAUUAGGUGUAUUAUAGAAUAAUAAUCAGUUAUAAUAUAUCUGUAUAAUAUGUAAAUAUGCGAUUGCAGUGUGAAUUAAUCAGAAAAAAAUAGAGAAAAAAUCUAAUGACGUACAAGACGGUUUACAACUGUAUAAUCCAGAAAUUCCAAUGAUUUUUUUUGUAUAUAUAAAAUACACAUACCAGUAGAUAAAACUAUUUCUGAUGAUUUCGUACAUAUAUACAUAGAAUAAUCAAUUUUUGCUAUAUGUAUUCCCUAAAGCAGCAAAACACGAAAAAGAUGAACUCUUAAAAAAAAUCGGCUAGUUUUGUUUUGUUUUCUUUUACAAAUACCUACUUACUUCUAAUAUGUAAACAAAAAGAAAUCAAUUUAAUCAAGAAAUAGUGUUUAACAUGAUAAUGUACUAAUCCAAUUUAUUAAUAAUUCAGUUUUAAUGGUUUGACGAAUCAUGAUUUGAAAAUUAAUUGGAGCAUAAUAAAUACUAUCGAUGACUUAAAAAUACGAUAUACUUGUUAGUAGAUAUCUAAUUGUUCGUAUAUUUGUAAAGAAUUUUAACAGUUACUCCACAAAGAAUGUUUAACUUUUCAUGUGAAUCGUAUAAAUUUAUUGCUGUAGUUAAUCGUAUGUGAUUAUUACCUAAAAAGAAUACAAAGAUGUGAAUAAAAUCAAUGGAAAUAAAAUGUUUUCAUCUUAUGGUUUAGAGUCGUUUUAAAAACUUUUGCAUCUUUGGAUUUUAAAUGGUUAUUAAUAGACAUAUUGGUGAUAAAGUAAGUAAAUAACUUAUUGGUAUAUGACGUGCCAUUUUCAAUGGCGAUAAGGUGUUUUUUUUCCAAUGCUAUCAAUUUGGUCGUCAUUUUUUCUACUGUGUAAGUAGAAGAUAAUGUUCUCUGCAAUUUACAAAUGGUAGAGUAGUAGAAAACAUUCGUUAAAAAAUGUAACUAUUAGUUUAUACAAAGUUUUAUUACGAUGUUAUAAUACUGGAUUGUCUAUCUUCUGUAGAUACUUGUAAUUAUAAAAUAAUUAAUUACUGUAUUACCUAUAGCAUUGUUUUUAAGCAGUUACGUACUCUUGUUGUGCUUUAUUUUUUUGUCGAAAAUCAUUUUUCGGUAUGUUUUGGUCGAGUUAAAAAAAAAAAAAAGAAUUUUUUUGACGAUGCCUGGAAAAAAUACUCACUAUGAUAUACCGUGGGGUGUUACCACUCUUAAGGCUGUGCUGACAAUAAUAAUUGGCGAAUUAUCUACGUCGUCAUACUUGCUAAAAAUAAUCGAGAUGACUAAUAGCAUAGGUUUAGUUACGGAAUAGGCUUAGCUAGGGACAAUAGCGUCCAAAAUGUAGGAAAUGAUAAACGUGUGAGUUGAUGUACACGUGAUUGCAAUUUAAUAAUUGUUUGUGUUUUAUUAGAUAAGUAAAAUAUCUACCUAAAAUACUGUGUGAACUUAAAGUCAGUGGAAAAACAUUUUAUUUAUCGAUUAAUUGAUGAAAACAAAACCUAUGGAUAAGACUAAAUAAUUGCAGCUACCUUUGAUCCACAGAGAUACAUAUAUAAAAAAUAAUUAUAUUAACAAGUCCCAUUAAUGACAGAUUUUGUCCAUACAAUUCGUUAUUAAAUUUAUGCUUCUUUCCUAUAAAUACCAUAAAUAUGAUUAUAAAAAUGAAAUAUUUAAAAAACAAGUACUUUUGGCGUUUGUUGUAUCAGGCUUCAAAAUUUUAAGUUAUUUAUGAUUUAUGUAUGGGCAGACGGUUUCGAAUAUGAAACUGGUACAUAUUUUUAGGAAUUUAUAAACAUAUAAAUCAGUUCCGUAUCCUAAACCACCUGUGUACAAAGAAUAAUUAACUUCUAAUUCUCUUAUGAAAUAACAAAAGUGUGAAAAUAUUACCCAUUAAUAAAAUUGGCUUCUGAUAGAUACAAAAAGUAUAUUAGCAUUUCUAAGUUUCCCACUUAUUCUUAUAAUGUUUGAAUAAGUUGGUAAAUUAAAUACCUCAAAAGAAAAUUCACUAUGGUCAUGAUAGGUCAACCCCCAGUAAAAUUUUCACGCCUAAACCGUAGGAAUACUAUUUCUCAUUGUUCUUCAAGUACAAACAUUAUAAUGGCGUCUUCUAAGAGAAUAUAAAUUUCCUUUAGGAUCGUAAAUUUGAUUAAUUUCUCAACAGAUAAAAUACUUAACUAAUCUUUAAGUUAAUCUAACUAACCAUAAGUAUAAUUAGCUUUACAAACAAAACUAUGGGUUGAGAUCUUUGUAAAUUCCAAAGUAUAAUUCUGAAAUUCAAAAUGACAUGAAAUAUGAUGUUAGUCUCCAUUACAAUAUCCUACCGAUUACUAUCGGCUUCGUUUUCUAUCUUCAUGACCAAUUUUUUGCUAUGCACAUCUGUGAGUAAGGUACUUUAGGUAAAUAUUAUAUUUUUAAAGACCACUGAUAAUAAUAGUAAAGCUAUAUAUUAGCAUUGGUAGAGAAAACUGAAAGCAAAUCCACAAAACACUUUCCAAAACAUUCAAAUUGGAAAGCGUUUUUCUUUUGGCAAUUUAUAGUCGAUGUAAUUAUGCAGAACAGAACUUAUUAACUAUAUGUUGUGUGUUUUAUUAAUGAAUUUAUUCAGCAAAACUUUUUCUAUAGAACUAUCUCUCUAUUGGUCAAUAAAUUUAACUAAUCAUAAAUAAUCCUACAUGGUAUAUGUUCGUACUUUGUUUGUAGACAAUUAUCGCGAGGAGUAGUACAUGUUUUCGUUGUUUAUCAGUGGAAUUAGGUAGAGGUAGAUUUUCAAAUUUUUUCAAAUGGAUGUCAUAAGUUUACAAGUAGAAAUUUUUAACUAGAACUAAUGAAAUUUCAAUAACAAAUGUUGAUUACGUGAUCUAAGCUGUACUAAAAUAUAUAACACAUUAUUCGUUGUAGCAGAUAAAUAUUUUUCCUUAUUACAUUCCUAACGUAAUUAUUGUAUGAAAUGCAUGAUAACUGUUAAGCAGAAGUAGUGGAUACAAAUAUAAUUACUGCCAUUUACUAUUUUGAACCACCAACUCGUUCUUGUUUUGAUAUUAUCACCAUUUUGUCAGGGUUUCCCUUUUUUUGUAUUGUAAAAAUGCCCACAAUAAGGUACAUACGUGAUUUGUUUCUAAAACAUAUCUUUGAAGGACUUCUUUAUAUUUUUUACAGCAAUUUGCAAUACAUUUUUUAAGUCCUGUACUUAAGUAAUUUCUUUCGUUUUUGUCCCAGAUUUUCUUAAAUUGCUAUAUAUAUAUAUUAAUAAUAAAGUGUUAAAUUUGUAAAUAUGUAACAUCCAAAAUAAA